AUGUUGCCUAUUCGGCCGGAUGACGGGGACGACACUGUUCCGAUAGUGUGUGCGGAGCCGCCGAACACGGACUGGCAGUACUCGAGGUAUGAGGAGAGUGACGUGGAGACGGCAAUGACUAUCGACGGUGAAUGGAUUCUUGCGGCAGGAAAGAAGCCGAACCCGGAGGCGAUCCCGAUUUGUUCUAAGUGGUUGUCAACGCGGAGUAGCGAAAUCACGAGCAGUAGUUGUAUCAAUUUAUGUCGUUCAUUGGCAACGACACAGUGUUUGGAAGUGCGCCAAAACUGGGUGUAUGGACGGUGGCUGAGCACGACUGUAGACCUAGGGGGUGGCGGUUCGAGUCCGAACGGAUUGUUUGACUGCGUGCACUCCAAAUUGAUUGGCUCGGAGAGGUACUGUACGGGCCCGUGUAAGAACCAGGGGAACGUGGAGGUAUCUUGUUUGCUUGAGCGCGGUUACUGUUAUAACCACGAUGACCCGCGAAAUCUCUACGACACGACCACCCCGGCGCCUGAGACCACCUCCUUUACGACUAGCACGACCACCUCUCCGAAUGAAACCACAUCCGAAGCCUACGUCGACGUGACCUGGGAACUCGGCAUCAUCGGCGGUGCCAUGGCCAGCGGGGCCGGCAUCGCGGCCGUCGCAGGCACCUGUUGCUACUGCACCCGAACCGCCGCCCAGGCCGCAACGGAAGGCAUCCAAGACUUCACUGCGCAAGUCGGAGACGGACUCGACGAUGCCGAACUCAUGCUACGUCGUCAAAAAUUCACCAAAGACAUCGUCAAGGACGACCACACCAUUCUCCGUGAAGAACUCGCACUGAGGGCCCAUCGAAGCAAGACUCGCAAACGCCAACGCAAACGACAGCGGAACCCGCCCAGCAGCAAUGAACCCAGCAGCAACGAAGACAAUGACGAACCAGCCACCCCCUAG